ACAACCGACUCACGAUAAAUCGAAGCAGUGGAGUGAAAUUUUCAAUCGAUUCCACCACCUAACACGGGUGCGUGUGUGUGUGUGUUUGUUUGUGCGCCAUUUUGUUCGGAAGUGUGUGAUACGCGCGGCAAGAAAGGAAGCAAAAAGGUUUCCCGUCGGCGUGCACGAAAACGCAACACACAGCCAGAGCAAGGCUAUCUCCUGUAUAUUAUUUUUCCCGUCGCCAAAGCAACCGGAAGACUGAGCAGCGCCCGAAAGGAGCAGAAGACUGACACUACGCCAGGAGCAGAAGCAUCGAAGUAGCCAGCAAGCCAGCAGUCAGCAGCAGCAGCAGCAGCUUGCUCUCUAACAAACGUCAGCAACAACACCGUUAAGGAUUACACUUGGAUGUCACAGAACGCGAUUUUCGCGUCGGCAAAGUGUGCCCAAUCUUAAGGGCUCGUGUUCGUGCGUGCGUCCGCGUGUGUGCGUGUGCUAGGGAAGUUGGCCAAAAGCAAAGGGCCUAGCCACAGGGUGGGCGAAAGUGCGACGAUAUGAAAGUGUGACCAAAAGCGGCCAAGCAGCGAGUGAGCCGCUAGAAAGCUGAAGAAGUGCGUACACACACGACGGUGGUUCAGCAGCAGCUAGAGGAGCAGAAGGUGGUAGAAAAAGAAAGAAAGAAGAAGAAAAAAAUCGGUGCCAAAUGAAAUAGCAGCGCGCAAGUGUCCGCAGCGAGCCACAGUGCGUGCGUGUGAGUGUGUGUGUGUGUGUGUGGGUGUGUGGGAGCGAGAAAGUGAGACGGUCCAGCAGUCGCAAGACGCAAGCUGCCGUACUAACUACCCGCGCGAGUCCUGCAGUCCCGUCGGCGGGUUGUACGUGUGUGCGUUUGUGUGUGUGUGUUUUUGGGUCCAUCUCCAAAAUGGCCAUGGCAACGUGUUACCCAACGUACGACCACAUGACCGGCGGUGGAGGUCGCAACACUGCCAGUGUCGUGGCUCAGCAACAGCAGCAGCAACAACAGCAGCAGCAGCUCCAGCAACAGCAACAGAGCCCUGUGGCGGCCACUAGUCAGCUGCAUCACCUGUCCUCGAGGCUAACGGCGGCUGCGGCGGCUGCUGCAGCGGCCGCUGCUGCUGCUGCAGCAGCAGCAGCUUCCAACAUGGCGGUGCAGAAGGAUUUCAGCAUACCGCUGCAUGUGGACUGCAGCGUAGAGUACGAGCUGCCAAAUCAGGCAAAACCACCCGUUGGGGCGCGUGUUGAACCACUGUUGAUGAUCCAUCCGUGCUAUUUCCGCAAGAUGGAGAGCCAACGGCGCAGUCCGUUCAUCAACAACAUGCCAAAUUCGUCCCGCAGCUCGGCAGCAGGUGGUGGUGGUUCGAUUGCGGGCAAGAGUGGUGCGACGGGCAACACUGGCGGCUCGGGUGGGUCUUCAGUGGGUGGUUCGGUUGAUGGUGGUUCGGUGAUAAAUGGUGGUAGCUGUGUGACGAGUGCCAGCAACACGAGCAACAGCAACACAAGCAGCUCGAGCAGCAGCAGCAGCAGCAGCAACCGGCGAAAUGUGGUGUCACAUAAGGUGCCAACAACGUCAUCAACUACGGCCUCUAGCAGCUUGUUUUUGCAGCUUCAGCUGGAUGACUACGUCCAGCGGCAGAUGCACCGUUCGACGGCUGCUAGUCAACAACAGCAGCAACAGCAACAGCAACAGCAACAACAGCACUAUGGUGCCGUCAGUAGCUCAGUUGCUGCUGGAGGUCAUCUGCAGCAACAGCAGCAACAUCAUCACCAACAACAACAACACCAUAGCCGCCACCAGCAGCAGCAGCAACAGCAACCUCACCACCAGCAUCAGCAACAACCGCACCUGACCGGGCAGUCCGCAAACCAGUACAACCUCACCGGCCAGUCUCAGCAACAGUCACAGUCUCAGGCAACCGUGUCGUCCUCGGAGUGGAACCGGUACCAUCUGGGGGCGGCAGAUUGCACCGGUGUAGCUGGAGGAGGUUCGAGUCGCAACGGAGGAGCCUACGGUGGCAAGGUGACGAGUAGCAACAACCUCAGCUACAACAACACCGGCAACAACACGAGCGGCAACGCCGGUAGUAAAGCCAAAAGCGCCACCAGCGCGUCGUCCAUGAAACGCAACGCAAGUAAUACGGGUAUCAGUCAGCAACAACACCACCAGCAACAGCAACAGCAGCAACAACAACAACACCAGCUGCAACAACAGCAUCAACAGCAGCAACAGCUCAUGAUGCCGGCCAGCUGCGCCGUGUACAACAGCACCGCAAGCGGCGUCAGCAACGGCCUGGUGGAGGGUGGCGGUGCAGGACCCCGCUGGGGGGACAUCGACAAGACUUCAAUGGCGGCGGCGGUGCCCCGCGACUUCCAGGCCGGUCCCGAAUCGCUCCCCCACAAGACGGGUGGUGUGAUUCCGGCGGCCGCCUCCUAUCGCAAGCGCGACGCCAUGUUGUCGGGAGCGGGCGGUUGCGCGGUGUACAGCAACACCAGCAACAACACCAGUGCUAACGUCAGCAACACCAGCAACAACAGUAGCUCCCGGGGUCACACGGUGACGGCUGCAACGACGGGCAGUACGGGCAACGCGUGCAACACCACGGACCUCAGCCUGUGGGAGACGGCGGCCACAAGCGGUGGCAACAGCGGCAGCAGCAACAGCAACACCAGCAACAGCAGCAGCAACUCCGCCCUGCCGGACAAGAGCUCGAUGGCGGCGGCCAUUCCGAGGGAUUAUCAUGCGGCCGGUCCGGAACAUUUGGCGGCUUGCAACAAGCUGGCAGCAGCACGCCAACAACAGCAGCAGUACCAGCAACAGCAGCAACAACAACAACACCAUCAUCAGCAGCAACAGCAGCAGCAUCACUCGCAACAGCAACAUCGCCACCAGCAGCAGCAGCAACAACAGCAGCACCAUCAACAGCAGCUUCAUCAUCAGCAACAGCAGCAGCAGCAGCAGCAGCAGCAACAUCUGCAUCAUCAGCAGCAACACUCACACCACAACCAUCAGGUUGCGGUUGCGGCAGCUGCGGCGGCUGCUGCAGCAGCCGCUGAGGCCUCCGAGAAGCUGCUGUUUGCGGCGAAAUACCGGCAACACCAGCGAGCAUCUCAUCGGCUACAUCCGUACAUGAUGAGCUCCAGCUUUACGCCGUUGAUGACGGCGGCCUUCCCUCCGAUGCAGCAGGUGUCCUGUUACAACGUGUGA